AGUAGAGAAUCCAGUAAUUCCAAUGCAGACCCCAGAGGAACUUGUGACUUGCCAAGACAUUCAAAGGGCAUCGGUCUUGCCUCUCAAACUCAUAGAAACUGUUUACCCACAUGCAUCUCAAUGCUCGCAACAGUACCCGCUUGGUGGCUUUGACGGCUUUGAUAACUUCGAUUAUCUCCCGCUUUACCUGCCUAGCAACCGACCAAAGCGCUUGCCGCAACCAACGGAGAACCCUCCAUCACCCACACUUCCAACCCCUACCUCUUCCAACUCUGCAUUGUCAGCAAAAGGCAGAGGACAUUACAUCCCCGAGUUCGUGGCAAUCACCAAGAGGUUUUGACACCCCUUACGACGAUCCAGUCCUGGUCAUGAUACCUCGAGCCCCGACUGCAAACCCGCCCCGCCUCCAAGAUUCCACCCACAACAUAACCACCAAGAUCUUUUCUAGAGUUCAAU